CCUCCAGCAAGCCCGCCCCAUCAUCUUUACCGCCAUCAUCGUUUCUCCAUCGCCAGCCCCGCGCCGCCGUCAUCUGCCCAGACCACCACCCCAUCAUCUUUUCUUCCUCGCCAGCCCCGCGCCGCCAUCAUCAACCAAGAAGCUCCAGCCGAAUCCGCCGUUUACCAGAGAAUUGAAUUUUUCAAAAAUGGAAUGACAAAUAAACUGCCCAUAAGGUUGAGUUGAAACUUGAGAGUCGACUCUCAGGAUUGGAACAAGCGACGGCAGGCAUGGCAAUCCUCGCGUUGCCGAUGGUGAUUUCCUUCCUUAAGCCUCAGGCAUGCAGCCUCUCCCUAUUCCGCUCGGUCAUUGGCGUAAACCCCAGUCGCUUUCGAGUCACUCGGCGCCAUUUCAGAAGAACGACGGUUUCCGCGAUAAGCAACUCUGCCUUUCAGCAGCAGCAUCAGCACUCCUCGACCGAGCCGAACAGUGAGCCGCCUCGGAAACCCUUAGCCCUCACUUUUCAGCAAGCUAUUCAGCGGCUCCAGGAUUAUUGGGCUUCAGUUGGUUGUGCGGUGAUGCAAUGUAGUAACACCGAGGUUGGUGCUGGGACUAUGAAUCCUCUCACUUUCUUGAGGGUCCUCGGUCCUGAGCCAUGGAAUGUGGCUUACGUAGAGCCAAGCGUUCGACCUGAUGAUAGUCGUUAUGGAGAAAAUCCUAAUAGGCUUCAGCGCCAUACACAAUUUCAGGUUAUAUUGAAGCCUGAUCCUGGAAAUUCGCAAGAUCUUUUCAUUCGCAGUCUCUCAGCUUUAGGCAUCAACAUUAGUGACCAUGAUAUACGGUUUGUGGAGGACAACUGGGAGAGCCCGGUACUUGGUGCUUGGGGAUUGGGCUGGGAAAUCUGGAUGGAUGGGAUGGAAAUCACUCAAUUCACUUACUUUCAGCAGGCUGGAAGUCUUCAGUUGUCACCAGUAUCUGUUGAGAUAACUUAUGGCCUUGAGCGCAUCCUCAUGUUGCUUCAGGGAGUUGAUCAUUUUAAGAAGAUACAAUAUGCUGAUGGCAUUACCUAUGGAGAGUUGUUUUCUGAAAAUGAGAAGGAAAUGAGUGCGUAUUACUUGGAACAUGCCAGUGUUCAUCAGCUUCAUAAUCACUUUGAUCUUUUUGAGGCAGAAGCUCGUUCUCUGCUUGCUUUAGGCUUGGCCAUUCCCGCGUAUGAUCAGCUUCUGAAGACAUCUCACACAUUCAAUAUUUUGGACUCUAGAGGAUUUGUUGGUGUGACUGAGCGUGCUCGUUAUUUUGGUCGAAUGCGUAGUUUAGCUCGCCAGUGUGCUCAACUUUGGUCGACAACCAGGGAGUCACUGGGCUAUCCGUUGGGUACUGUUUCUGAACCUGCUCAUUCUACCUCUACUCAACAGUUUUUGGAGGCAGAGACCAAGACGGUUCUUGAUGACACAAGGUCAUUUGUACUCGAAAUUGGGACUGAAGAGUUGCCUCCUCUUGAUGUUAUUUAUGGCGGCGAGCAGCUUGAAGGUUUACUACUUCAAUUGCUAGAUAAACAGAGAUUGGGCCAUGGGAAAAUUCAAGCAUUUGGCACUCCUCGCAGAUUGGUGCCUACUUAUGCAUUUUACCAGAUAUUUGUGGAGAACCUUAGCACUAAGCAAUCCGAAAGGGAGAUUGAGGUUCGGGGUCCCCCCGUUUCAAAGGCUUUUGAUGGGCAGGGAAAACCUACGAAGGCCGCUGAGGGUUUUUGCCGUAGAUACAAUGUGUCUCUGGACUCACUAUUUAGAAAGGUUGAUGGGAAAACAGAGUAUGUUCAUAUCCAUGUGAAGGAAGCUGCACGACUGACAUCAGAGAUCUUAUCUGAAGAGUUGCCUGGUAUUAUCAGUAAAUUAUCAUUCCCAAAGUCCAUGCGUUGGAACUCUCAGGUUAUGUUCAGCCGGCCCGUUCGUUGGAUUAUGGCCUUGCAUGGAGACAUUCUGGUUCCUUUCACAUUUGCUGGAGUUUUAAGUGGAAAGCUAUCAUAUGGCCUUCGCAAUACCGCUUCAGCUAUAAUUCAGGUUUUAAGUGCUGAAUCCUAUGCAAGCGCGUUGAUGACUGCUGGAAUUAAUAUUGCAAUAAAGGGUCGAAAGCAAAGCAUUUUGGAGCAGUCUAAUAUGUUGGCAAAAAGUGUCAAUGGUCAUAUCUUUGUGCAGGAAAAUUUACUCAGCGAGGUAGUAAAUCUUGUUGAGGCACCAGUAGCGGUGCUUGGAAAGUUUAAAGAGUCAUUCUUGGAGCUCCCAGACGAUCUUUUGAAAAUGGUCAUGCAGAAGCACCAGAAGUAUUUUGCAAUCAUUGAUGACAGUGGAAAGCUACUUCCAUACUUUAUAGCAGUCGCAAAUGGGCCAAUAAACGAGCUGGUGGUUAGAGAAGGGAAUGAAGCUGUGCUUAGAGCACGGUAUGAAGAUGCUAAAUUUUUCUAUGGGAUGGAUACUCGAAGGAAAUUCUCAGAGUUUCAAAGUCAGCUGAAAGGGAUACUUUUUCAUAUCGUUCCAUCUCUGAUGGAAGUUGUACUCAUCUCUUCACACUUAAUAAAUCAGGAGAAGCUUGGAACAAUGCUUGACAAGGUGGUACGCUUGCAAAAUCUUGUUGAAAACUUGGGUUUGGAGUUGGGUAUCGCGGAAGAUACGCUUCAAAUUGUGAAGGAUGCUGCGUCACUAGCAAUGUCAGACCUUGCUACUGCAGUAGUAACGGAAUUCACUGGCCUUUCCGGAAUAAUGGCACGUCACUAUGCUCUAAGGGAUGGAUACUCAGAGCAGAUUGCAGAGGCAUUGUUAGAAAUCACACUUCCAAGAUUUUCUGGGGAUAACGUUCCGAAAAGCGAUGCAGGCAUUGUUUUAGCAAUUGCUGACAGAUUGGACAGCCUUGUGGGUUUAUUUGCUGCUGGAUGCCAGCCUAGUUCUACUAAUGACCAGUUUGGCCUGAGAAGAAUCUCGUAUGGUCUGGUUCAAAUAUUAGUAGAAAGGGAGAAAAAUUUGGAUUUGCUUCAUGCUAUAAAACUUGCUGCUGCUUUGCAACCAAUACACGUGGAUGCUCAAAUAAUAGAUGAUGUGAGUAUUGUCAAUUUUUCAUUCUCUCUGACACUCAUUGGAUUGUGCACGAGGAAUCAAGCACAUGCAUUUGUUACUCGAAGACUAGAGCAAUUUUUGGUUGACAAGGGAAUAAGUCCUGAAUUCGUCCGUUCAGUACUGGCUGAGCGUGGGAACUCUCCUUAUGUCGCUGCAAAAACAGCAUUCAAAAUGCGAGCGUUGUCAGAAGAUCAUCUUUUUCCUAAGGUGGUUGAAGUGUAUUCUCGUCCAACAAGAAUAGUGCGAGGAAAGGAUUAUGAUUCGAGUUAUGAGGUGGAUGAAACGAAGUUCGAGACAAAUGAAGAGAGAGGCUUGUGGAAUGCUCUCUUGUCGACGAGAAGCAAAAUUCACCCUGGUAUCGAGGUUGAUGAAUUUAUUGAAAUUUCUGCGGAGCUGUUACAGCCACUUGAGGAUUUCUUCAAUAAUGUCUUCGUCAUGGUGGAAGAUGAAAGCAUACGAAAAAACAGGCUUGCUCUACUUAAGAGAAUCGCGGACCUUCCAAGAGGCAUAGCAGACCUCUCAGUCUUGCCCGGGUUUUAGUGCAACUUCUUUCAAAAUGAACUACAUUACUUCUGACCUUACAAAAAGAAAAAGAACUGCAUUACUUCAGCCAAGAAUGGAAGUUUCUAUGAGAGGGGAAAAGAUGGAGAGAUCUGUAUAAAGAGUCGAGAGUUUUAUCGAACCAUUGGCUGAUUCUAGAGCUACAGUAGAGCAAUUCGGUGUAUCAUGUAUACUAUUAUGUACAACUAUUCUUAACGUUGAUCUUUCAUUGCAUAGUAUUUGUACAUUUCAGUGGGUGGUCGGGUUGACGGGCUCUUAAUGUGCAGCUUUUGUGAUCAAGCUUCAUGGACCAUGGCCACUCCCUCGAGGUAUGCAAAGGGUUUAAGUGGAGAAUGGGGUUAAUUGCAUCGGUUGUCACUUAAGUUUACGUUCUGUUGCACGGUGACCACAUAAGUGUGUUUUGUUGCACAUAAAUCAUUUACGUCGAAUAAUAGUUGCAACGUUAACAUUUCCGUCAAUAGAAUGAAUAGUAGGUACCUAAAAUUAAUUUUCCCCGCCAGUACACGUCAUCGCCUGACUGAGUCAGAUCGGACCCACUAUAUAAAUGGGCCUCUUACUUGCAUCGUUACCCCUUUUUCGAAUUCCAAAUCACG